CUCAAAAUGAAAUUCGUACUUUUGCUUUGUGUACUCAGCGUAUUGUUGCUGCAACAAACCUAUGCCUCACCCGUCAAACUAGUCGAACGUCAAGAACGUGCCGUUGCCCGUCAACAGGCCACAAGUGGUGCUGUAGCAGCUGCUCCAGCUGUUGAUGAAGAUGAUGACGAUGAGGAUGACGAUGAUGAUGACACAGAUUUGGGUGAUCUGAUAGAUGAUGAUGAUGUUCUCUUUAUUUCGGGGUUUUCAGACGACGAAGAUGACGAUGACGAAGAGGAUGAUGAUGAAGAGGAAGACGAUACACCACAAGGACAAGCUGCUCCUGCUGCCUCAUCCGAUGACGAUGAUGAAGAAGAUGAUGACGAUGAUGAUUAUUUGGAUCGUUUGUUCGAUGACAUUUUGGGAGAUGACGAAGAAGAAGAUGACGACGAUGAUGAAGAUACCGCCUCAAGUGUACAAAACACCAUUGCUGCCCAACCCGCCGCACCCAUCGAAGACUUAGCUCCAGCUGCCUCCGCUGCUGCUGCCCCAGCCAAUGCCGGUAUUUCCGAUGGUGUUGAUCUACCCGCCGAAAGUGGCAACUCUGCCGAUACAUUGAGCGAUGCCAAUGCCUCCAAUGCUGAUAUUGCUCCUGCCGGCAGCAGUAACCAGAACGAAGGUGAACUAGAUGUUUUUUAUGAUGAAAAUUCUAACAUUAUUGUAGAUAGUAUCAGUAGUAGUGGUAUUAGCAGUAGUAGUAGUAGUAAUAGUAUUAGUAGUGGUAGUGUAAUUGGUAAUGUCAACGGUGCUAGUGGCAGCGACCUUGAUGCCAAUAUCAUUGCCAGCGACAAUAGUGGUAGUCAAGUUGAUAGUCUCACUAGCUCAGAACAGAUUCAUCUAAACACAAAACAACAAAUCCAACAAGUACAACAACAGCUCAUUACAAACAGCCCAUUUGACACUCUGAAAAACACACCAACAACAACAACAACAUCUACCGCAACCAACUCCAUACAGAAACCAUCAAGUAGUACCACUAAUAACAAAUUAAAUAAUUUAAAGAAUAACAAUAACAAGAAUCAAAAUCAGAAUCACAUCGCUUCUGAUCUAAGUUCAAAUCUGACACCGGCUGAGGCUGUGGGCAUUAAUAAGACCCCAACGGCCGCUGUAAGUGCCAAACCGGUGAAGGCAACGAACAUUGAUCAGGAUGCCGAUGACGAUGAUGAUGAAGAUGAUGAUGAUGAAGAAGAUGAACUUGAUGAUGGAGUCGAUGAAAUUACAGGUGCCCUAACUGGUGAUGAUGAUGAAGCCGAUGACGAGGAGGAGGAUGAUGAUGACGAUGAUAUUAUUGGUGAUGAUGUGAUCGAGGCCCGUCGUGAAGCACGUGAAUUGAAAAACAAUAUCAUUGAUAUGUCCGGUGACGCCUUCCAGGAACGUAAUAAUCAAUUCGUCGAUGCCAUAUUCGCUCGUAUCAAUCGUAUUGUAUCCGAUAACUAUGACCCAUUUGUCGUGCAAUUGACUGGUCGUUCGGCCGCCAUUCACAAUACACCAAAUGGUGGUGGCGCGUCAUCGACGAAAAGCGGCAUUCCCAACCGGAACAAGGAGCAACAAAUCACACAUAAAACAAAGACCGCAAAGCCACAAGCCACCAAUACAUCAAUUAAGAAGUUAAAAAAUACAAAAUCGGAACCACGUAGCAGCAGUGCAAAUACAGACAGCAUCGACAAUUUGCCCAAGGACAAUCAAGAGACUGAAAAAGCCAAGUUGCAACAACAAUUGGAGCAAUUGCAGGCACACCAACAAACCCUAAAAGCCACGGAACAAAUUGAAAAUAAUGUAUCUGGUCAGGAGGAGCAAAACAGUGAUACAACAGCAGCAGUCGCAUCAACAUCAGGCGAAAAGAAAGUCGUCGGCACAGAAUUGAGACCGGAAACGCGCACAGUACAUGCCAACAACGUUGUCAAAUCGGGAAAUCAAAAGAAAGCCACAACAAAGGCUCACAAACAAAAUUCGAACAAAAAAGUCCAUAAUGGCAAUUCAGCUGCGGCAGCGGGACCAGCAUCGGGCAGCAAGGGAACAAGUAACAAGCUAAAACUGAAAUCCACAAUCACAAAUAAAAAUGACAAGUCACCACAACAUGGUGGUAAGGAUGGCAGCGGUGAUUUCCAAAAGGCCGAAGGCAGUCUAUCGGGAUUGGCAUCAUUGAAGCGUGUCGGCAAUGUGAAAGUGGUGACCGAUCCGGAAGGACGCAAUUCAACCAUUAAGGCAAAGUUCACUUUGGGUCCACUCAUAUUACGUGUCGAGAAAUCAUUCAAACGUGGUGGUGUUGAGAAUGUUAAGAGUGCUACGGCUCGCACCAAUGAAAUGAUCGGACGCAUUAAAUUUAGUGUCGUCAAUGAUCGUGCCACAUUAAUGUCCAUUAAGGUGCAACAACCGAAACAGGUUGAAGUGGAAAGCAAAGACAACCAUGACCGUACCAGAGAAUUUGUUUGGCGCCGUACACCUAAAAUAGCCAAAUUGGUCAACGAAAAGCUUAAAAUCGCAGCCGAAACAUUCUUUGCACCACAGGGCGUAGAAGUUGUAAGAUUGUAG